AUGCAAAUUUCUGAGCUGAUCAAACUGGGCAAGAGCAGCGGCAGCCUACGCAGCGGCGGCGGCAGCGGCAGCGGCUCAAGAAUUAUUAUUAAAUUCGAUAUAAAUAAUAUUCGCAACCGCGGGCCCCCCGCCCGAUCCCCUCCGCCGGACAGUCUGCUGAUUAAUAAAAGACGGCUGCCGUGGCAGAAGUUCCGAGAUGGCCCGCGGUGCUUAAAAAUUCUGAGGCAUCUGUCAAGUCGAGCGAAGGUGAAGGUUUCGCGCAGGCGCAGCAGGACCUGGUCUGCAGAUCUCGAGAUCUGUGGAUCUGCUCGCUGGGGCUGGGGAGCCCAGAAGAGGCCCUGUGUGUCCUGCAGCCAGUCCUCCCAGAUGGCGGACAGAAGCUUUGGCACCGCGCAGGAGGGGGAGCAGCAGGAGUGCGGUGUGAUUUAG